CUCCCCGCCCCCCGGUCCCCAGGAACCGGAAGUUCCCUUGUCGCUCCCAUCAUCCCGCCUGCCCUAGUAGCUGUCGGCUGGCGGGGCCGGGGCCGCCAUGAGCAAGCGGAAGGCGCCGCAGGAGAGCCCCAAUGCGGGGAUCACAGACUUCCUGAGCGAGCUGGCGAACUACGAGAAGAACGUGAACCGAGCCAUCCACAAGUACAACGCGUACAGAUACAAGAGAAACUUGUGUUUCCAGAGAGAGAGCUUGGAAAAUGACUGUCCGUAUCAUGUAGGUAACAGAGCACGAUAUUUAAGGAUCAACAGUAAAUUCAGAAAAGCAGCUUCUGUAAUAUCCAAGUAUCCAAGCAAGAUAAAAAGUGGAGCUGAAGCAAAGAAGCUGGAAGGAGUAGGGGCUAAAAUAGCUGAGAAGAUUGAUGAGUUUUUAUCCACUGGAAAACUACGUAAGCUUGAAAAGAUUCGACAGGAUGAUACAAGCUCAUCUAUCAAUUUCCUGACCCGAGUUAGUGGCAUAGGUCCUUCUGCAGCUAGGAAGCUUGUGGAUGAAGGCAUAAAGACAUUGGAAGAUCUAAGGAAAAAUGAACACAAGCUAAAUCAUCAUCAGCGAAUUGGGCUAAAAUAUUUUGAAGACUUUGAGAAAAGAAUCCCUAGAGAAGAGAUGUUACAGAUGCAGGAAAUUGUAUUGAAAGAGGUUAAGAAACUGGACCCCGAAUAUAUUGCUACAGUCUGUGGCAGUUUCAGGCGAGGUGCGGAAUCAAGUGGGGAUAUGGAUAUUCUCCUGACCCAUCCAAGUUUCACUUCUGAAUCAACCAAACAGCCAAAGCUUUUGCACCAAGUUGUAGAACAAUUGAAAAAAAUCCACUUUGUCACGGACACAUUGUCAAAGGGUGAUACGAAAUUCAUGGGUGUAUGUCAGUUGCCAAACGAAGAAGAUGGAACCAAUUAUCCAUACAGGAGAAUUGAUAUCAGGCUGAUCCCCAAGGAUCAAUAUUAUUGUGGGGUACUGUACUUCACAGGCAGUGACAUAUUCAAUAAGAACAUGAGAACUCAUGCCCUGGAAAUGGGUUUCACAAUCAACGAGUACACAAUCCGGCCCUUGGGAGUUACUGGAGUUGCUGGGGAGCCCCUCCCAGUAGAGAGUGAAAAGGAUAUCUUUGACUACAUACAGUGGAAGUAUCGAGAGCCAAAAGAACGGAGUGAAUAACUUGCAUUCGUAGGUUCACUAGCUAGUGCUCACUUAUUUUGUAGCUUUUAUGAAUAAUCAUCGGAGUCAAAACUAGGUGCAUAUUUAUUGCUUGAACGUUACUUCAGAAGGUGUGUAUUACUGACACUGUUUUUAAACAAUGGUUCCAUGGCACUAGAGUAAAAUGUGUUGUAAAAAUUAAAUCACCUAACAUUGCAACUUGAUUACUUUCCUUUUAUUCAAAAAUAUCUUUAAUACAGACAUGGUUUUUAUCUGAAUUUUAAUUAGGCCCUUUGCUAAGGUGCUAAGAUAAGUCUGCAGGGAAAAUGAGGAACCAAGCAGCUCCCUCACGAUAAAAUUUCUCAUAGAUUAAAUUGGGAAUUGGUCCAGAUUUUGUGUUCUAAUAAUAAAUUGUAGUCUGCCUUUUUCUCCCUGGGAUACUAGAUACCUGUGUUUUGGAAAGCACAGUUUUUGUUUUAUUACUUUCCCUUACAAUUUCCAUGGAAAAAUGUGGCUGCUCAACAAGGACAGUUACUAUUAAUGUAUUCAAUGGUGGCUUCUGAAUGAAGAUAUUGUAUUUGUUUUUCAUAAAAGUCAAUGUACUUGUCAUAAAUUAUAUUUAAAAUAUUCA